AUGAAGCCUAAUGAAUUAUCUGGUGAUCAAUUGCUACACCAACUAAAUAACUUAACAAAUGUGCAAUUUGGAAAAGAUGAGAAUGGAAAAUCGAGAAAGCGAAAGCGCAAAGAAAAUGAGUUGAAUUGGAUGAAGAAGAGUAUUUUUUUUAAUUUGCCUUAUUGGUCAACAUUGAAACUGAGACACAAUUUAGAUGUUAUGCAUAUUGAAAAGAACAUAUGUGAUAGUGUCUUAGGUACAUUACUGAAUAUUGAUGGAAAAACGAAGGACACUUUCAAGGCACAACAGGAUUUGUGUGUGAUGGGCAUACGUAAAGAUUUGCACUUACAACCAAAUGGUACAUCCACAUCAAUGCCACAUGCAAAUUUUACCUUGUCAAAAGCUGAGAAGAUAAGUUUCUUAGAUUGGUUGAAAGGUGUGAAGUUCCCUGAUGGGUAUGCAUCUAACAUUAGUCGGUGUGUGAACGUCAAAGAAGGUAAGAUUUCGGGAAUGAAAAGCCAUGAUUGUCACAUCUUCUUUCAACGAUUACUUCCUGUUGCAAUUCGUCCAUAUUUAUCGAAUGAAAUACGUACAACAUUGAUUGAGUUGAGUUUCUUUUUUAAGGAAUUAUGUUCACGAACAUUGAGAUUAGAUGUCUUGAAGCGAAUGAAGGAUGACAUCCCUGUAAUUUUAUGCAAGUUGGAAAAGAUAUUUCCACCAGCUUUUUUUGAUAUAAUGAUACAUGUAGCUAUUCAUUUACCCCGAGGGGCCGAGCUUGCAGGACCAGUACAAUUCCGUUGGAUGUAUCCAAUUGAAAGAUGUCUUGGUAAAUAUAAGCAAUUUGUGCGGAAUAGAGCACGUCCGGAAGGGUCAAUUGCAGAGGGAUAUUUAUCAGUUGAAUGUUUGACAUUCUGCUCCAUGUAUCUUCGGGGGAUUGAGACAAAAUGGACUCGUGAAGAACGGAAUAGUGAUGGGUGGCAGGUGGAAAAGAGUAAAGGCUUGUCUGUGUUCUCUCAACGAGUUCGUCCUUUAGGAGCAGUAAAAUUUAUAAAACCUGAAGAUAAGGUUCUCUCAAAGGCUCGAUGGUAUGUGCUUAACAAUUGUGACGAAAUUGCUUCAUACAUUCGUGAACACUAUGACAAGAUCGAAGGAGAAGGAACUGUGGAAAUCCAGAGUAAGCAUGAAGCCGAAUUCGAAAGCUGGUUCCGACAUCGUAUAUGUGGGCAUAAUGUAGAAACCGUGUCUAAACAAAUAUAUGAUCUUGCAUGCGGACCGGAUCAUCAAGUUGCAAUGUUUAAAGGUUGUAUUGUGAAUGGGGUUAGGUUUCACAUAAAAGACUAUAAACGGACUCUACGUACCCAAAAUAGUGGUAUAAUUGUUCCAGGUGAGCAUCGCAUGAAGAAUAUUGACUUCUAUGGUGAGUUGAAGAACAUUCUAGUAUUACGUUAUGGUCGAAAUCGUGUGUAUUUAUUUGAGUGUGAUUGGUGGGACAUUGGGCAUAGAACAAGAAUGCAAAUAGAUGAGCAUUUUAUGAGUGUGAAUACAUCGCGUACAUGGUAUGCAUCUGACCCAUUUAUCCUAGCAUGCCAAGCCUCACAAGCAUUUUACUUAAAAGAUGCCAAAUUGGGUAGUAGUUGGCAAGUAGUACAAAAGGUGACCCAUAGAAAUAUAUACGAUGUUCCAACUAUACUAGAGGGAGAGAUUGAAGAAGAUGACGAAGGCUUUGGUGAUGAGGACGAAGAAGAUGAAUGUGUUGGGGGUCAUGCACCUGUGCAACAAGGAAACGAUGAAGACUCAACUCCGUUACGUAGAGAUGAUGUGGAACCAAUAGUUGUUGAUAGAAGCAUGUUAAUCAGUGAUGAGGCCAAUAAUGAGGAGAAUGAAACAACCUAUGAUGAUGAAGAAGAGUUAUCUAGCAACGAUGAAGAAGAUGAGUUAUCUAGAAACAAUGAUACAAACUCCUCUCAUGAAGAGGAGUUAUCUUGCAACUCUGAUACAGACUCUGAAGAUGAUAUGUGUUGA